GAGCAGGAAUGUUUUCAGGAGGAGUUGAGGAGAGCACAGAGGAAGUUACUGAAGGCGACACGAGAUAAGAGUUUCCUUUUGGAUCGAUUACUCCAGUAUGAAAAAGCUGAUGAAGAUGAUUCCGACUCUGAUGCCACUGUUUCCUCAUCAAAUGGAAGUGAUAAUGAAGCUAACAGAAAUGGCGAAGAAAAGAAAACUAGAAAGAAAAAGAAGUCAGCCAUUGUGCCUCAAUUAGCUAACUUACCUCAUGGAGAGAGCAUUGCAGGCAGCCUACCAACAACUGCUGGUAGCCAAGAGCUCCUGACAGGUCAGCAUAUCUCUGAGAUGAUUGGGAAGGCUUUUGCCGAGCAGACUAAUCAAAACAAGCUAACGCCCUCUGUCACACAGUCUACCGGUGCUAGUUUUCCUGCAGACUCUCAGUCAUCGCCUCAUUCUAUUGGCCAAGUUUCUGAUCGAACCAAUUCAUUGAUGAAGCUAUCACAGUCAGAUGAAAAGACUUCAAAACCACCUCGUAAAAAAGCAAAAAGAGAUUCUGAUAGGUUGAAUAAGCUGACCAAUCAGUCAUCACCAAAGAGUACAGAUGAAGCGUUAGAAACCAGUAACCUUGUCAUUGACAUUCCAGAAUAGGAAUUUGUAUUUUAUUUCCUAAUUAUACCCCAUUCAUCUCCCAAGUACAUUAAUUUUACAGUACUACACUGUACAAUCAAAGUCUUCUAUUAGUGCUGCCUCUCAUAACAUCUGUAGUGUUCAUUAAUAAUACACUAGACAGGUACACAUCAUUUUGUGUACAUCAAUAUAUAAUAUUGCAUAUUUCUAUUGAAGUCUGAAUGAUCUAAAAAAUACCCAGUUUAACAAGGUCAAUUGGGGUAAUACAACUAUAGCAGUGGUGGAUUCAAGUGGGGGCCCAAAAUUAUUUUUAAAAAUGGAGAUAAAAAGAAAAUUAUAUUUAAUUUUAGCCUGAGAGUGCCAUUUUCAGCCAUCCAGAAACCUGCCAUCCGUUAAAGUCCCUCCCUGGGCCCCGUCUAUUUCAAAUUACAGGAUCCACCACAUGUGUCAUGUAAAAUUACCACCCCUUAUCUUAUAUUUACACUAUCCUUUAGUUGCUAAGCAUUUCUUAAAACCUAAGUGUACAUUUAAACUCUUUUACAUUUCUUUUAUAUACAUCAAGUUUAAACAUAUUUAUGUAUACUAUUGUAAUAUAUAUGUGUUGUAAUUUUUGGUAACUAUUUUAUAGAAAUUUGAAAUAAAUUUGCCAACCAAGUGAAUGUUUAGUUAAAAUGUUGAUAAAUAUCCUGAUUACUUUAAUUCUCUAUUUUACAUACCCUUCCAAUA